AUGUCUUCCGAAGCACCUCAUCCAGUGCCUCAUCCAGUCCAUUCCACCGCUCAACCAGCUCAGCCAGCCCCUGGUCCCAACACCAAAAAGGAGAAGAAGGCAAAGGCUACAGACUCGGAGCCUAAAGCACCACUUGAGCUCAACCCACCGCCCGAAUUCUUUGAUCACCGUAUCCAGAUAUACGACAAACUCAAGAAGGACGCAACCCCGCGAGCCUAUUACCAUCACCCUUCCGACGGUAGCACCAAGGAAGGCAAAUCUUGGGAGACCUCCCCUAUGAGCAUUGCGGCCCAGCUUUCAAAAUCUCUUUCCGAACGUGUCGUGAUUGCCAAAGUCGACGGCAACCUUUGGGAUCUCGAACGUCCUCUGGAGAAAUCAUGUUCGCUCGAAUUGCUCGAUUUUGAGCAUCCCGAGGGUAAAAGAGUGUUCUGGCACUCCAGUGCGCAUGUACUCGGCGAAGCCGCAGAGAAACACUAUGGUUGCCAUUUGUGUGUUGGACCACCUACGGACGAUGGUUUCUUCUACGAGAUGGCCAUUCAGGAACGCGCUGUUUCUUCUGGAGACUACUCAUCUCUUGAGACCUUGGCAAAGAACGCGGUUAAGGAGAAACAACGCUUCGAACGUCUGGUCGUACCAAAAGAGACCCUGUUGGAGAUGUUCAAGUAUAACAAAUAUAAAACUCAACUUAUCCAAAGCAAAAUCCCAGAUGGUACUAGCACAACCGUUUACCGUUGCGGCCCCAUGAUUGAUCUGUGUGUGGGCCCCCAUGUCCCUCACACUGGACGCAUCAAGGCUUUUAUGGUCACCAAGAAUUCUUCCUCUUACUUCCUUGGCGACGCUGCCAACGACUCACUCCAGCGUAUUUAUGGAAUCUCGUUUCCGGAUACCAAGCAACUUACCGAGUACAAGGCGUUCCUGGCUGAAGCUGCAAAACGCGAUCAUCGUAGAAUUGGAAAGGAUCAAGAAUUGUUCUUUUUCCACGAGCUUAGUCCUGGGUCAUGUUUCUUCCUCCCCCACGGAGCAAGAAUAUACAAUACACUGAUUGAGUUUAUCCGCGAGGAAUAUAGGAAACUUAUCUCGCCUAACAUGUUCAACUCCAAACUUUGGGAGAAGUCUGGACACUGGGAAAAUUACAAAGAUGAUAUGUUCACCCUACCAGUCGAGAACGAAUCCUUCGCCCUGAAGCCCAUGAAUUGCCCCGGUCAUGCGUUGAUUUUCGAUUCGAGAGAUCGGAGUUACCGUGAACUCCCGCUUCGUAUGGCAGAGUUUGGUGUUAUCCACCGUAACGAAGCGAGCGGUGCGCUGACCGGAUUGACCCGUGUCCGUCGCUUCGUUCAAGACGAUACGCACGUGUUUUGUAUGCCUUCUCAAAUAGAGCAAGAGAUCGAAGCGAUCUUCGAGUUCUUCAAAAGGGUAUACGGAAUAUUUGGAUUCACGUUCAAAAUGGAGUUAUCCACGCGCCCUGAAAAAUACUUGGGUAACAUUGAAACUUGGAAUACUGCCGAGAAGCAACUUCAAGCGGUGCUCGAUCGCGUUCAGCCCGGCAACUGGGAACUAAAUCCAGGUGAUGGUGCAUUCUACGGCCCCAAAAUCGACAUCACCAUCCAAGACGCCCUUAAACGUUCUUAUCAAUGUGCCACAAUCCAACUCGAUUUCCAAAUUCCGGAGCGUUUCAAUCUCAAAUAUCGCGGCCCGGAGGGAGGGGAUGAUUUGGCGCGCCCGUCAUGA